AUGGCAGGAAACAGCGAUUCUGACUAUAAACAGGUAGGGUGGAGUAUUUUUUUUGGGGGGGGUGGGCGGGGGUAAAAAUUUUUUUUUGAAAAAAAUUUUAUUGAAAUUUUUAAAAAUUUUAAAAAUUCUUCAGUUUUUACCUUUAUUAGGUAUUACAUUAAGUUUUUUUAGAUAUUAUCAACCCUACGCGAAGGCUUCGUCAGCGGAGCCAAUGGCUCAUUGGAGAAUCGAAAGAACAAUCUGACGGCGCUGAAGAACCUGAUCACCGAGAAUGAAGAAGCCAUUUGCUCGGCGCUUUGGGAAGAUCUGAGAAAGGUAUUACUAUUAGUAUUAAUAUGGGUAGGGUAAGAGGUGGGGACGAAAACAAAUUUUUAACCUUUACUUUUUUUUUAAAAAAAUCUGAUGUCCCUGGAUAAAGAAGCCUGAUGAAGCCUUUUAUAACUCCAAUUGCAGAGCCAAUUCGAAUCCAUCGCCCACGAAACCGGCCACACCAUCUCAGAAAUCAGCACCGCCUUAAGCAACCUAAAAGCAUGGACAGCGCCAGAAAAGGUGGCACGCUUCAUUUUACAAGCCGCAGACUCAGCCUACAUUGUCUCAGAGCCAUUGGGAGUCUGCUUGAUCAUUGGUGCUUGGAACUUCCCACUUCAAUUACUAUUGGCACCAUUAGUCGGAGCUCUGGCCGCUGGCAAUACAGUAUUCUUGAAGCCAUCAGACUUGGCUCCAGCCACCGAAAAGUGCUUUUUAGAGCUGUUUCCAAAGUACUUGAAGGAGGAUGUGGUUAAAGUGGUUAGUGCAGACAAGGAUCAAAUGAGGUAGGGGGUUGGAAUUCUAUUUUCAAAUUUAAAAAAAUUUUUUUGAAAAUUUAAUUGUUUCUAAGGAAAAUAUUUUUAUCACCCCCAAAAAUAAUUUUUUAUUACUAGUUGAUAUCUAAAAUGACUUUUUGCAACCAUUUUUUACAUCUUUGAACUGCACUGUGCAAACGCUUUUGACUGCACCGUGCAGUCAUUUAUUCACUGCACCGUGCAACAGUCAAAAUUACAUAAGCUGCACGGUGCAAUAACUAAACGACUGCACGGUGCAAUAAAAAAUGAUUGCACAGUUCAAAAAUUAAAACGUUUUAAAAAGAUGUAACAUUAAAAGUGGCAUGUAAAUUUAGAUUUUUUUUUAUGUAACAUAAUAAAUAGCAGCAAUAAGUUGAAAAAGAGUUUUUAAAUUAAAAAAAAUUUGCUUUGCGUCUUUUUUAAACGUAUUUUACCCUAAUUUAAAAGCAUUUUUUAAAUUUCAGUGAGAUUCUCCAACUUCGUUUCGACCACAUCUUCUUCACCGGUUCAACCGCCAUUGGCAAAAUUGUUAUGAAAUCGGCGGCGGAACACUUGUCCCCAGUCACGCUCGAAUUGGGCGGCAAAUCACCAGCCAUAAUCGACAAUGAUUGUGAUCUGAAUAUCACGGCAAGAAGAGUAAUGUGGGGAAAACUGCUGAACGUGGGCCAGGUCUGUGUCGCACCGGACUAUGUGAUUUUGAUUGGAGAUCAGGAGAGAAAGGACAAGUUCGUCGAGGAGUGUGUCAAGAACAUCAAAGAGUUUUAUGGGGAAAACGCAAAGGACAGCGAGGAUUAUGGAAGAAUCAUCAAUACUAGACAUUUUGAGUGGGUUAUCUGUUUCUAAAUUAAAAAAUCAAUUUUUAAAAAGUUUUUAGACUAUUAAAGUAUACGGUAAGGCAUAGAGGUAGAACAGGGCAUAAACUAUAGGACAGGGUAGAGCAUGCAGUAUAAAGUAGGGUAGAGUAGGUUAAGGUCGGAUAGAAUAGGGUAGAGUAGGGUAAUGUAGGGUAGAGUAGAGUGGGGUAAAGUAGGGUAGAGUAGAGUAGGGUAUACUGCUUCAUAUAGAGUAUAAGAUAGGACUAGGCUAAGGUAGGGUUGAGUAGUGAAAGCUAGAAUUUACAGUACGUAGGGCUUGAGGUACGGUAAGGGUAAGGCUUCGACAAGGGUUAGGAUACUGUAGGGCCUAAAGGUACAGUGGCUUUAGGACACGGUAAACGGGGGCGUCGCUAAGGGGGGGGGGUGACAUUCCCCCCCCCCCAAAGAAACGAUCCGAAAAAAAUUCCACAGGUAGCACCUGUACGGACCAAUCGAAAAAAAAAUUUUUUGAAAAACCGGUCCACAGGUGCUACCUGUGGACGAAAAAAAUUUUUUUGGUCUUUACUCCCCCCCCCCCCUCCAGAAAAAAAAUGACUUAAACUGUGCAUUGUCUGGUGUACAGUAGGGUACGAUAAGACUUAUAGUAUGGUACUAUCUUGUGUACGGUAAAGCUUAUAUUACAGCAUAGCGUACAGUAUACGGUAGGAUAUAUGCUAGGGUAUUCAGUAAGAUAUAUGGUUUGAUAGAGUGUAAAGUAUAGCCAGGGCCGGGCGGGGACUUUUGGUCUGGGGGCAGGGGUCCAAAAAAUCGGCACACUUGCUACCUGUGCCGAUUUUUUGCGAAAAUUUUUUUCCAAAAAAUCCACAGGGGGGGGGGACCACGCUCAACUUUUUUCGACAAUUUUUUUCUGGGGGGGGGGUUCCUUCCCUUUCCCCCCCCUCGCGCCCGGCUCUGAGUAUAGCAUAUGUUAAGCUUAUAGAGGUUAAAGUGGGUAGGGUAGAGUAAGGUAGGGUAGGGUAGGGUAGGGUAGGGUAUGGUAGGGUAGGGUAGGGUAGAGUAAGGUAGGGUAAGAUAGUGAAGAGUAUGUAGGAUAGGGUAGGGUAAAGUAGGUAAUUUGUACUCAUUGUAGGGCUUUUUAAGUACAUUAUAACUGCUUUUCAAAUUCCAGUCGCUUGUCAAAAGUCCUCGAGGCAUCAACAGGCAAGGUUUUGUACGGCGGCGCCUCGGAUCGGGACGAAAAGUACAUAGAACCAACAAUAAUCGACGCCCUAGAAGACGACUCGACUCUCCAAGACGAACUCUUUGGCCCCAUUCUCCCCAUCCUCACAGUACCAGCUCUCGAUGAUGCUAUUAAGUACGUGAAUCGGCACGAAAAACCUCUGGUGGCAUACCUAUUUUCUGGUCGAAAGAAUACGGUCGAACGAGUACAAAACGAGACCUCGUCUGGUACUCUGACCAUCAAUGACACCAUCAUGCACAUGACCUUGGAGACCCUCCCGUUUGGAGGCGUGGGACACUCGGGCAUGGGCGGGAAAUAUCAUGGAAAAGCGAGUUUCGAUGUCUUUUCGCACAAGAAAAGUGUCAUGCAUCGAACUGCUGGAUUCGAAAAGUUGUUGUGGUAAGUUGUGGAUUACUGUAGUUUUAUUUUCUGGCAGGCGAAGUAAAGCAGUUGAUUGAGUAGGGUUAUGUUGUAGGUCGUCUUAGUUACGGUUUUUUUAAUAAAACGUUUUUUGGGCGGGGUAAUUUUUUUAAAUUUUUUUUUGCGGGGGGGGAGUGUUAAUUUUUUACAAAAUGUAGAUGAGGUGGUAAAUUUAAGAAAGGAUUUUACCGGAGGGGGGUCAAUAAAAAAUUUUUUUUGGGCGUGGUAAAUCAUAAAAAUUUUUUUUUAGGGCUGGAUAAAUUUUUAAAAUUAUUUUUUAGGAGGGAAGGGGCGGGAUUAUAAAUAUAAAAUAAUUUUUAGAGGGGUGUAAACUCGGAAAAAACGUUUUUCUGAGGGCGUGGUAAAUCAUAAAAAAAUUUUUGAGGGCAGGGUAAAGUUCUAAAAUUUAUUUUUAGGAGGGAAGGAGUGGUAUUAUAAAUAACAAAUAGUUUUUGGAGGGGUGUAAAAUCGGAAAACAAAAAUUUUGGGGGGUGUGGUAAAUUAAAAGAAAAUUUUGGGGCGUGGUAAAUUUGUUAAAAUAUUUUACGGUUGUGGUAAAUAAUAAAAAUUAGGGUGGGGUUAAUUUGUAAAAAUAAUUAGGGCGUUUUACGUUUUUUUUUAUUUUUUUUAUUGUCUUUAGCUGUUUUACGCUUUGUCAGGGGGACAAUUUAUGGGAUAGGUAAGGCUUAAUUUUUUGUUUUGUAAAGAAAGUUCUUGCCGUUUCUCAUUUUGUAAAGAAAGUUCUUGCUAUUUUUUAUUUUGUAAAGAAAGUUCUUGCCAUUUUGUGUUUUGUAAAGAAAUUUCUUUCCAUUUUUCGUUUUGUAAAGAAAUUUCUUACCGUUAUCAAUUUUUAAUAUUACCCAUGUUUCAGGAUGAGGUACCCACCCUUCAGUGCGGACAAACUCGCGUGGGCCAGACGCCUCACCAUGAAGAUUAAACUUCCAUUUUAA